AUGUCGGGAUACGUGUGCAACCGAGAGUGGACGCUGGCAGAGGCGUCGGUGGUCUGCAGGCAGCUGGGCUGUGGCCCCGCUGUCGGCGCCCCCAAGUACGUCCCGCUGCCUGGAGAGAAGAUGCAGCCUUUGCUCCACAACGUGUCCUGCAGGGGUGACGAGUCCACCCUCUGGGAGUGCAGCCUCGGGGCGUGGACGCAGGCCCAGUGCCCGCAUGAGUGGAUGGUGGUGGCACUGUGCAAGAAUGGUACUUUCCGGGAAAUCCGGCUGGUGAAGGGCCGAAGCCCCUGCUCGGGACUCCCCGAGAUCAGGAACGAGAACAGAGUGGACCGCCUCUGUGGGCUGCACAAGGAGGAGGCCACCGUGUUCUGCCGGGAACUGGGCUGUGGUCCUGCCCUCCAGGCUGCCCGUCAAGAUGUGGCCGCUGGCGGGAAGUACAUGACAUGCCAGGGCACCGAGCCCACCAUUCGAAACUGCAGACUCAACAACAACCUCCGCAGCGGCUGCAACUUCCAGCAAGAUGCAGAGGUGGUCUGUUCAGGACACACUGAGGCCCGGCUGGUGGCUGGUGAGCACCCCUGUGCUGGGCGUCUGGAGGUGAGGCGUGGCCUGACCUGGGGCACCAUCUGUGACGAUGACCUGGACCAGGCCACGGCCCACGUGGUGUGUCGGGAGCUGCAGUGUGGCAUGGCCGUGUCCAUGCCCCGGGGUGCCCACUUUGGCCAGGGCUCUGGGUUUGUGUGGACAGAGGCCUUCCACUGUGUGGGCAACGAGUCCCUGUUAUUCCACUGCCGUCGGGGACCUGGGCACCAGUGUGGGCACGGCCAGGAUGCUGGGCUCAGGUGCUCAGGUGAGGCCAGAAGGUUCCGGCUGGUCAACGGCAGCAGCAGCUGUGAGGGGCGUGUGGAGGUCCAGGUUCAGGGGGCCUGGGCACCCCUUUGUGCCCACCGCUGGGACUUAGCAGACGCCACCGUCCUCUGCCACCAGCUCAACUGUGGCAGCGCGGUGGCCACACCUCCAGGAGGCCAGUUUGGGCACGGGGAUGCUCCCAUCUGGCCCGACAGGUUUCACUGUGUUGGGACGGAGCCCUAUUUGUGGAAUUGCCCGGUGAGAACGCUGGGGGCCCGAGCCUGUGCCCCAGGGAGCUCAGCCUCCGUGGUCUGCUCAGGUCUCCCCCACGCCCUGCAGCUGAGGGACGGACACAGCCGCUGCGAUGGCCGCGUGGAGGUGUCUGUGGACGGCGUGUGGGGCCGCGUCCUGGACGAUGCGUGGGACCUGCACGGCGCAGGCGUCGUGUGCCGGCAGCUGGGGUGCGGGGAGGCCGAGCUCGCUUACGACGCGCCCGCGGCAGGGCGAGGGCCGCGCAGGGUGGGCCUGAGCCGCGUGCGCUGUCUGGGCAACGAGACGCGCCUGACCCAGUGCACUGUGUCUGCGUCCCCAAUGGUGCCCGCGGGGGCCUCUCGGGACGCGGGCGUCGUGUGCUCAGGGAGCCUCCGGGUUCGGCUGGCUGCGGGGCCCGACCGCUGUGCGGGGCGCGUGGAGGUGCUCCACAGGGGCACGUGGGGCACGGUGUGCGACGACGGCUGGGACCUGCGGGACGCGCACGUGGUCUGCCGGCAGCUGGGCUGCGGCCGCGCCCUCAGGGCCCCGGGCGCCGCACACUUCGGGGCGGGGGCCGGGCGCAUCUGGAUGGAUGAGCUGGGCUGCAGUGGCAAUGAGUCUGCGCUGUGGCAGUGCCCGUCGCGGGGCUGGGGCCAGCACGACUGUGGGCACAAGGAGGACGCCGGAGUCUUCUGUUCAGGGUCAGUGGCCCUGAGGCUCCAAGGUGGCACCCAACACUGUGCUGGGUGGCUGAAGGUGUUCUACAAUGGUACUUGGGGCGCCGUGUGCAGUAACGCCCUGAGAGACAUCUCCAUGUCCGUCAUUUGCAAGCAGCUGGGCUGCGGGGAGCAGGGCUGGCUGGAGGACAAGCCCGACCACACUGACCGAGGCAUCUCCUGGGUGGACAAUAUCGAGUGCCGCAGGCUGAAAAACUUUACGCUGUGGCAGUGCCCUUCAGCCCCAUGGCAUCCACGCUCCUGUGCCCGUGGAGAGGAAGUCUGGAUCACCUGUGCAGGAUUGUCGGAGAAAACAACGCAGGAUUCCGGGGAGACCCUCAACUGCUCAUCCACCCAGAGCUGCCCAGAGGAGGGCACGGUGCGCGUGCGUGGGGGCGAGGACCGCUGCUCCGGCCGCGUGGAGCUCUGGCACGCCGGCUCGUGGGGCACCGUGUGCGACGAUUCCUGGGACCUGGCAGAUGCAGAGGUCGUGUGCCGCCAACUGGGCUGUGGCAGGGCCAUCAGCGCUCUGGCGGGGGCUGCCUUUGGUCCAGGCUCAGGGCCCGUGUGGCUGGACGAGGUGGGGUGCCGGGGCAGUGAGGCAUCCCUGUGGGGCUGCCCGGCAGAGCCUUGGGGACAUGCAGACUGCGGGCACAAGGAAGACGCGGGUGUGCGCUGUUCCCACCCUCCCCUGGCCCCACUACCUCCCCUCAAAGCUGGGACCCUGCCCAUGAUCUUCUGCUUCAUCCUGGGCACUCUCCUGGGCACCGUCUCCCUGGUGCUGGGGGUGCAGUGGUGCCGCCGCAGAGGAUUCUGCAAGGGUUCUGGAAUGUCGGAGAAUCUGCCCUCGGAAGCUGUUUAUGAGGACAUCGGAGCUGUCGCCAUGGGGGACAAGGUCGAGGGGCCCAGUACAUCCCAGGACCUGGUGCUGACAGAGGAUUACGACGAUGCCUGGGAGCCAGAGCGCGGCCCCGAGGAGCAGGAGGAGGAGCAGGAGCAGGAGCAGGGGACAGCCCUGAGCCCCGAGGGUGUGCACCUGUGCGCUGUGGUGUCCGCCGUGUCUGUCGUGCUUGUCAUGCUGUACUGUGCCUAUGUCCAGGCCUCUGCUCUGGCCAGCACCUACAUUUAA